UCCUCCCCAACUUAUCUCCCACAUUUUUCUCUCUGUUAAUUCCCAAUGGGGGCUUAUCGCCAAUUCCCGGCCAUCUCAAAAUGCUGCUCCGAGGGCCGCUCCGGCCAGACGGUGGCCGCCGAUUUGGACGGAACUCUCCUCGUCUCCCCCAGCGCCUUCCCUUACUUCAUGCUCGUCGCCGUCGAGGCAGGCAGCAUUUUCCGGGGAAUCCUGCUUCUGGCGUCGGUGCCGUUCGUUUACUUCGUGUACUUGUUCUUGUCGGAAUCCGUCGCCAUUCAGGCGUUCGUGUUCAUUGCGUUCGCCGGAUUGAAGGUCGGCGACAUCGAGACGGUGGCGCGCUCUGUUUUGCCCAAAUUUUACUCGGAGGACGUCCAUCCGGAGACUUGGAAAGUGUUUAAUUCGUUCGGGAAGAGGUAUGUUGUGACGGCGAAUCCCAGGAUUAUGGUGGAGCCGUUUGUGAAGACGGUUUUGGGCGCCGAUAAGGUCAUCGGAACGGAGCUCCGAGUGACGAAAUCCGGCCGGGCCACCGGGUUUGUGAAAAAACCCGGCGUUCUCGUCGGCGAUCUGAAAAAGACGGCGCUUCUGAAGGAAGUCGGCGCUGACACGCCUGAUUUGGGCCUCGGUGAUAGAGAAACCGACCACGAUUUCAUGUCAAUUUGCAAGGAAGGAUAUAUGGUCCCACGGUCGAAAUGUGAGCCGUUGCCGAGAAACAAGCUUUUAAGCCCAAUUAUUUUUCAYGACGGCCGAUUUGUGCAGCGGCCCACUCCGGUGGCGGCGCUUUUAACCUUCUUGUGGCUGCCGAUCGGCUUAAUUCUUUCAAUCCUCAGAGUCUACACCAACAUUCCCUUGCCGGAAAGAAUCGCUUGGUACAACUACAAGCUUCUCGGAAUCAAAGUCCUCGUUAAGGGCACUCCGCCGCCGCCGCCGAAGAAAGGCCAGAGCGGCGUCCUCUUCGUCUGCAACCACCGCACCGUCUUAGAUCCGGUGAUUGUCGCCGUCGCCUUGGGCAGAAAAAUCAGCUGCGUCACUUACAGCAUCAGCAAAUUCACGGAGAUAAUUUCUCCGAUCAAGGCCGUCGCUCUGUCGAGGGAGAGAGAGAAAGACGCGGCCAACAUUAAACGCCUACUUGAAGAUGGCGACCUCGUGAUUUGCCCCGAAGGGACCACCUGCAGAGAGCCAUUUCUGUUGCGAUUCAGUGCUCUGUUCGCCGAGCUAACGGACAGAAUCGUCCCCGUUGCCAUUAACACCAAACAGAGUGUGUUCUACGGGACGACGGUUAAUGGACACAAAUUGCUCGAUCCCUACUUCGUGUUCAUGAAUCCAAGGCCGACUUACGAGAUCACGUUCUUGAACCAAUUGCCGGCGGAGCUGACCUGCAGCGGCGGCAAGUCGGCGAUUGAGGUGGCCAAUUACAUCCAGAGGGUACUCGCCGGAACCCUAGGGUUUGAGUGCACGAAUUUGACCAGAAAGGGGAAAUACAGCAUUCUCGCUGGAACGGAUGGUCGAGUUUCUCCCGAGAAAGAAAAAGGCCAGAUUAAUUAAAGCUACUUUUUCUAUUUUAAAAAAAAAGAAGAAAAAAGAAAUCCCAUAAUUCUCUAUUGGUUUGAUUUUCUAAAAGUUAAUUAUUAGAAAAGAAAAAUAAAAUUCGGCUGUCGAGAUGGAUGGUCAUAGAUUAAUUUAUAAAUCGUUUUUAUGUAUAUUGUUGUUUUGAAUAUGUAUACAAAAAAUGUCGUCGCUUUAAUUUGCUUC